AAUGAUUAGCUGUUUAUUAGACUUCAAUUUGAUAAAUUCUGUAGUCAAGAGACCACGUGAAAAUUAUGUCCUGUAGGUUUGUUUUUGAAUUCUAAUAUAUAGGAAUAGUAUAUUAUACAAAAUGGUCAAGGAAGCGUCUAUAGAAGUACGUGGUAUGCCCAAGUGUGGACGAUUUUGGAAAACACCUAAGACUAAGUAGAAAUCAUGCAUUUUAAUCUAUACUUAAAUAUAACAUUAAUAUAUUUUAUUUUUUUUAGAUUUUCGUCAAUAAACAAAACAAAAGGAUUGAAGUUGUCAUUUGAAAACAAACAAAAACUAAGAGAAGACAUUAAAAAAACUAGAGAAUUAUCUAGAACUUUGAUUAAUGAAAGAAAUGCUGCAAAUGAAGCUAGAAAAGAAAGAAGAAGAGAAAAUAUAAAAAGACGUGCAGAAAAUCAAAAAAAAUCCGAAGUGGUUCAAGUGGUACCUAUUUUUUUAUUUUAAAAUUUUGAACACAUUUAUAUUUCCUCUAGAGGUCUAUCAGCUUUUAAGACCACACAUUCAAUUCUCCAACCUUUUCUAUCAGCUGCUUGUGUUUUUCAUUCAGUACCUCUACAUCUUUUCUACUCAAACAGGGGGUUCCCCUGCUGUCUUACAAACUGAAUUCUCAUCUAUGAGAAUGCGUUUAAAGUGGUUCUGGUUUUAACAUGAAAAAGCUUUUCUGACUCAUUAUUUUUCUUUCCUUAGUUUCAUAUAGGAUCCAGGCUUUUUCAUCAUAAGUGAUAACUGGGCAUAUUAGAGUUAUAUAUAGCUGUUUCUUCAUUUCUAAUGACAAAGAUCAUGAGAGACUUUCAUAAAGGGAUUUAUUUCCUUAUAAAAUUCUUAAUGCUAUUUCUUUAUCAAUCUUAUUUUUUCGUCAAUAUUGAACCCAAGUGAUUGUUUAACUCUACAUUACUCAUAACCAGGGUUGGGAUUUUAUAGCAUUUGUAUAUUUCUUAUGAGAUGAAUUAGCAGAGUAAGCUAAAUAUGUGUUUCAUUUUAGAGAAUAUUUCAUAUUUUUAGAUUUUAGUGUUAUUUACCUGUUUCUGUAUCAAAAUUUGUCAUAUUUUAUGAAAUUAUGUUUCUGUAAAUGUGUCUUUAAAUUAUUGUCAAUCAAAUUGUCAAAAUUUAUGUAUAGAUUAAGUAUACAGUCUGAUUAUGUGGAUGCACUGAUGCAGCGUGAGCAACGCUACUAGUUCCUAGUAUUUCGUAUUAUUAGGUUUUAAUUUUAAACUUGUUAUCUGCUGACUUUGUUGGAGUUUUUUCUAUUGAUAUUCACUGCAAUCAUUUAACGAGUAUUUAAAACAUUGUACACCAGUGUUUUGCAUGUUCCUCAUAAAAAAUAAUUUUUUUUUUAUUUUUAAAGAAAGGAAUUACAAUUUAUUUAUGUAGUUAGCCUAACUAGGUAUAAUAAUUUGUAAUUGAUUAAUAAAUUUCUGAGUUUUUUUUUGCAUAUUUAUGCAUUUUUAACCUUGCUCAUAACUUUUAGCAUGGAAAGGUGCCCAUGUUAUCUUGUUUCCCCGUGAUCAUGUAAAUAGUUUUGUUCUCAUUUAUCUGUAAUCCAACUUAUGAUUACAACAUUGUUAUGGCAGAUUCCUGUUAUUUAAUUUCCUCUUGAGGUUGAAUAUUCAUUUCUCUAAAAUUAAAUUGUUGAUAUCAACCCAGAUUUGACUGGUAUUAAUUCUGUUUCUGUAUAUCCUACCUUGAUUUUAACAAAUGUCUCUAUUAUACUUAUCUCAAACAGCCUUAACUUUAACAUUAUACUAACAGAUACAUAUAUAGUCUACUGGCAAACCUUCCUGGUCUGAAUCUUCAAUGAUAAUCAGGAAUGGUCUCUUUUGCCUUCCCCAUAAACCUUAAUAGAAUACAAUUUGUAAAGACUUAGUACACUAUGCUUAGGAAAGUUAUUCCUUUUAAGGGAAGCAAUUCUGUUAAAAAAGCAAUGACCUUAAACUUUUCAGAUAGCACCGCUGAGAGCCUUUCUAUUCUAAUCUUAAGUGUCAUUGUCAAUUUACCAUUACUCAUCAGACUUAUUUUACCAUGUUUGUAUAGAUUGUAAAUAUAUUAUUUUAUAUUAAAAAAAAAAAAAAAAAUGCUUUGGAGAGUUAUUCCUUUGAAGGGAAGCAAUUUUGUUUAUUCCUUUUCUUGUGUAUUGGCCAUAUUACUGCUGUCUUUCAUUCCUCUGGUUUUAGCUAUUCAAUUAUGCUUUGCAAAUCAGUUUCCUCACUACAAGAAAUUUCUUUCCCAUCUCUUUAUAAAAGUUCUUCUUGAAUUUAAUCACCUUCCAGUGAUUUAUAAUUUUUAAAUUGUUUAUUUGACUUUUUAUCUCUUCUAGAGUGGGUUUUUGGCACUCUUGAACAUCCCUAUUGACUAUUACCCAAGUUGAUAAUUUCUUCGCGUUUUUCACAAUUUUGCAAUUGUUGUUUGAAAUACUUCUCUAUUUUUUAACUAGCUCUUCAUUACUUAGUAUCAAUGAGCAAUUAUUGUUUCUUAAGAACCUUUCUUUUUGUGAUUUUCUUUGAGUUUAUUCACGUGCAUGCGCAUAUCUCUGUUUAUAUGGGUUCUAUAAUCGUUUCACUUAUUCCAUUAUAUCCUAUAUAUACUUCCACUUUUCUUGCAUCUUACAAUAUUAUUUGCUUACCUCUGCUGAGUUCAGAAUCUUGCAAAAAGGUUCUUAUUGCUUAUAUCGUUUAACCAUUGUCAUCUUCUUAGUUUUCUUUUAUGUAUUUUUCACAAAUCUUAUUUAACCAUUAGGUCUUUUUUCCCUUAAGUCUUCGUUAACAGAUUAUUUACAGUCUUUUUAAUUUGUUUCCAAUGUCUGUACACUAUAAUAUUAAAUAUAUAUCAACAAAUUAAUUAUGUUAAUUAAAAUUAAAAAACAAAUAUUAUCUAUCAGAAUAUUAUUUAUUACCAAUUUGAGAAAUACAGUAGACUUAAAUUAUAAAUUUUUUACAAAAAAUAAAAUAAAAAUCAUUAUAUUCAGAAUUACUAUAAAUUUCAAUUAUCAAAGAUAAUUCCAAAGAUAAUAUCAAAGAUUUUCCUUAACAUUUUUAAAAAUUAAAGAAUCAUAAAAUAUUUCUUAAAUUUGAAUUGUUAGAGCCUAAUAAAAUAUCAAGAUUUACUUCUUGUAAAAGAAUUAUUUAAUAUAUUUUUAUAUUUUUAAUAUAUUUAUUGUUAAUAAAAGAACAAUUUUUUUUUCAGAUUAAGAAUCCUGCAAAAAUUAAACGAAUGAGAAAGAAAGCAUUAAGACAAAUAGAAAAAAGAGAUACUUUAAAUAUGAAAUAAUGUGUUAAUUUUAUUUGUAUUUUUUUAAUAUAAUAAAUAAAUGUAAGAUUUAAUGUACGAAUAAAUGAUUUGUCCUAUAUUGUAAUAAUUAUAUUUAAUUUGUAACUAAAAUAAUUUGAAUUAAACACAUAUACAUAUAUAUUAUUUAAUACAAUAACACCUUGACAGAAGACAUGUAGCCAGUGCAUUAAUGAGUUUGCUAUCUAAUAUUUUCAAAAAAUAUUAACAUUAUUUAUUUU